AUGUCUUCGCAGUCUGACUCUGACUCUGCCCGCCCCGCAACCCCCCGCACCGCCGGCGCAAACGCAGUUGCGAAACCACCAGGUGCACAGAUUCGUCGUCGCGCUGGCGCCUCGCAAGUUUCAAAGCCAAACUCAUCGCGUGCAGCGGGUGCCGGCGGGUCUUCCAACACUAUGCUCAAGCUCUACACCGACGACUCACCAGGCCUCCGAGUAGACCCAUUCAUCGUCCUUGUCCUCUCGCUGUCCUUCAUCGCAUCCAUCUUCUUCCUCCACAUCUCCGCGAAGAUUAUCCGUGCCUUCACGAAGUAA